CGAAUAUGAACGAGCAUAGUAGAAAACGAAAGCGAGAAGCUUAUAUUCUCUCAAGGAAAAUAGUACAAGAAACGGAGACUAGAUUUUUCUAAUUUAUCAUUAUUAUUGUUAAUUUUGUUACAUUUUCUAUUAACGUUUCCUGAACAAACAGAGAAAAUCGAAAACCGAUUUUACAUUGAACUUAUGAACGUAAUACAAGCAAAAAUAUAAAAAAAUAUGUACCGACUGAAUGAAAAACUCUUUAUUUUUAGUGAUUUGACUCGCGUUGAUCUUGCCAAUGGCGCCAACGCAUGCGCAUUGCAUUCAAAUCAUCCAGCGCUGGGCGAACAUCCAGAGAAAAUACUGGCUGACCGCCAUCAUCUGGUGCCUCGUAAUAAUCAAUUAUAUAACGUACAAUCUGAUUAUCUUUUCGUUGAACAUACCAAUCAUGCCUGUCAAACGGACCUUCACUCGUACCCCAGCGACCAGGAAACAUACGUCCAAGCAUCAUAUACCACAUGGCUCGGGGACUCUUUUUACUAGCAUUACCUUCAAAUCGCAAUAAUUUGGGGUCUGUAUUUUGUCCGCUUGACUGCUCCCAGGCUUGGAUCUCUUUCCAUGCACCCUCGUUCAAAAAAUUGUGAAUUUCUACCAUCAUGGGCACAUUCUCACCGCUAUCACGGUAUCCCUUCCGCCACAUGGCAUUAUACAUCUGCUGUGGCGAGGGGUACUUCCAUAAGUCUCCGUCUGCUUUUGGGAUGCUACUCGUGGACCGGUUCGUACCCAAAUUUACCACUUGAUCUCUGGUUGCCUUUUGUGAUAUAUCUUUGUACAUCAAGUUAUCCGGAUUCAUCUCGGAGGAACCACCCUCUUGCUUGCCCCAUAACCAGCUAGACCAGCUUUCCUUAGAUGAGGUGCCUUGUGACAUGGGACAUUCAGAGGGAUAUGUUUGUCGUUGCUGUUGUUCAUGCUUCGGCUGUUCACGCACUUCCACGGGCUUCAAAAACGAAAACCAAGACGAGCUUUCCUCGCUGUUAUUCUUUUGUUUGGACAUAGGACAUUCCGAAGGAAUUGUUUCCAUUUCCGGAGCGACCGCAAUUGUACCUUUGUUUUCUCGAACAUCCUGUCUCCAUCCAAACCAAGAUAAUGGUCCACGUUUCUUAUCCGCUUCUUCACGCUGGGCAUGCAUGGGGCAUUCUGGAGGAAUCUGUUGAGAAUUCAAUUCAUUAGUGCGACUUUGUCCGAUUGUUGACUGUGAAGUUGGUCCCACGGGCGCACUAGUGGUCCAUAAAGUUUUCAACCACGAUGACCAAUUAUCAGUAUCUCGUGGCAUCUCUUGCUGCUGUUGCUGUGUAUAUGCGCGAUGGUCAAUGGGACACGACCUUGCGUUCGGGGAUUCUUGGUCACUCAUUUCAGAACUGGGUAUGUGUGGAUUUCAAAAUGACAGAUUCAGCGAAAACGAAAAAAACCUAGAAAUCAGAGAUGGGAGGAACAGGAAAGAAAAAAAAAUCGGUUAAAAUUACGAAAAUUGGGUCCAAUUUCCUGUGCGAUGAGAAAAAUUCUCUUUUUUAUACAAGACGCAUUCGUGUGGUGACUUUUCAACAGAUUCGCUCUGCUCUGUUCUUUUGCAAGCAUCAAAAAAUAAUGGACCCAAACGCGCUGCAAAAUGAGUGGAUUGCGUACCGUAAGGAAAUGUACUGCUUUGGAACGUCUCAAUAGGAACCUUCCUUUUUUCUAGGAUAACGUAUGGCAACACGGUGCAUUAGUAAAUGAAAAGAACGAGCGAGCAAUUGAUCAAAGAAGCAAUGAUACAGUGGUACAUUAUUAUAGGAGUUUCUUACCUUUUUUUUUCUUGCAGGAAGUCCGUGAACAGAAGAAACAUGGGAAUCAACGAUCAACUCCAUUUCUUCGCUUUCCAAUCAUAACCAGAUCAUCUUCGCUUAUGGCUUGCAUGAACACUCCCCGCAAAAAAGGAAAAGUAAAAAGAUAUUUUGUGGUUUUUAUUCCUUUAUGGGCCAGUUUGUGAAGUGUUUCAAGGUCAUUCACUCUUCGCAUCGUUGUUAGCGAUCUUGAAAUAGCAUCUUGACUAUUGAAUACCGACCAUUUCCCUGCGCUAAAGUCCUCCCAUUUAUAAACACUUAAAGUCGCUAAAGUCAUGGUUAACGAGGCCACCAAUCCUUUAAACAGCGAAAAUCGGCUCCCAUCCCCUUGCAAAGUAGGAAAAUGAAAAAAUAACUUCCAAGUUGUUUUGAAACUGAUUUUCGUGUACUCUGUUUAUGGAAAUUUUUCUUUCUCUUUCUUUCCUUUACUCAUUUAUUUUUUUUCUAUUUGGACCCCGUGCUUUUUGCACUUUCACUGUUUUUAUAAGUAACAUCAACAUUCCAAUACAGACAUUCCCAUAUAUGCCUUUUUUCUAGGUUCCUUCAAGUUCACCAGCCGAAAGCAAUAUUCUCUUACGAAGUGUUAUGCAUUCGUUAUAAUUAUCUCCUUCGGAGCAAAAGAAUCUCAACCAUCCGACAACCUCCUCUUGAAAGUACAACCUGCUUAAUUCGGUCUUUUAAAAGGUCUUUUGAUUCGGGAUUUAUUACUUGGUUCUACAACAUACCGCUCCCCUUUUGUAAAAUCUUUGACUGAAGGACGGGUAUUCGACAGGACUUUGCUUUUUCGAACACUUUCUUUAAUUCUUUUUUGGCUUUUUUUGGUUUAUAUAAUCUAAAUUUCGAGUUGUAUUUUGCAAAACUUUCUGUACCUUUUUCUAUAAACCGUAGCUUUUGCUCUCUUAUUCAUUCAUUUUUACCAUGCCUGAAGCUAAAUUAGCAGCCCAUAGCGAAUUCCAAAGGAUUAGGGAUGACCCCAGUUAUAUCCUCUUGCAGCCAUAUAAAUCAGAGGAGAACCGAUCGUUGAUCGCCAACUAUGUCCGCCAACAAGCCCUUGCUUUUUGCCCUUACUACUAUGUCGAAAAGUCCGGCAAGGGCUCUGUCACUUUUUUCUAUCCUACUGAACUACUAUGUGGUUACAGAAACAUUUUACACGGAGGAUUCAUUGCUUCUAUGCUUGAUGAAGCUUUGGCUUUCGGUAUUUUCGGUAACUUUGCAUCCCGCCUAGGCGUCACUGUUCAACUUGAUGUAACUUAUGUGGCCCCUUCUCUGUGCUCAAACCUUUAUAAAGUGGUGUGUAACACUAGCAAAGUGGAAGGAAGAAAGGGUUGGAUAUCCGGUGAGCUCUAUCGCCUCACUGAAGGUGAAGAGCCCAUACUAUGCGCAAAGGGUUCUGGCUUCUUUAUUGAACCUGCCAAACUCAAUUUAGAGAAACAUUUGUAAAUGAGAAUCAUAAAUAUCCUUCCUCGUGUGAUUCGAUGGCUUUUGUUUAUUGUUUUUCUUGCUUUUCUGUUUCCUUAUUAUGUGGUUCCUACAGGUCAUACAUCGAUGUAAGUUUAACAAGACGGAGCUCUUCUUCUUUUGGUUUUUUAUAUUCACGGACAACCAACCCAUGUAAUUGUUUCCUUGUUUAAUGAAUAUCAGAAAAAUUCAUCAACCAAAAAUUGAUUGGAUUCAUUAUCCUAACUCUAAAGUAAUCCGUUUUUCCCUAGUAAAAGUCGUCAAAACAGUAAGUAGUCUGUAUCGACAUUGUCUGCUCAAUUUAGUGUACCAAGCGAAUAUCCACUUUUUGUUUUCCUGAAUGCUCAUCACGUACUGUUCCUACACGCACACGCACUUUUUGAAACAUUUGAACUUCAACAAUCUUUGGUUUCGGUGGAUCUCGAAUUUCAACUUUGAGCAUAUACUUAUCUUCCAAAAAUUCAACAUUUGGCUCCAACAUGUUCGUCAUGCUCUUUGUGUAUACAAUACCUUCAAGACCAAAUUUGGCAAUAAAUACAACAAAACCAUUCUUAAAAACCUUAAUUACAUAUGCAUCUUCUUCAGCAAUGCCUCCUUUGAGCGCCUGUCCAACAUAAUACUCAACACUAGCACGACCUGCCAUUUGCGCCAUGCGAUGUCGAUAAUUUAUUCCAUUGCUAAUUUCAAUCAAGCGUUGUUUGUCACUGAUUGAAGGAUGCAGCACUUCGUAGUCAAUAGCUGCAGCCAGUUGUCGAUGUGCCAACACGUCUGCAUAACGACGAAUAGGCGAAGUAAAAUGUGUAUAAAUACUCGUCGCUAAACCAUAAUGGCGGAAAUCGGGAGCUGCAAUCGUACCAGAACAGAAGUAUUCGGCGGAUAACAUACAGCGCGUUGUCAAGAUACGCAGUAAGGUAUUAAAGUAGGGUUCUUUGGGAUCCACACACUCAUCCAAAGAUUUUGCCAAAGCCUUUGAUGUAUCACAUUUAAGAUGCAUUCCCUUGCAAACUUGCAAAAUAUCCUGCAAGGAAUCAAAGUUUGAGAGAGGCGGUGCUGCGUGUCGACGGAGAACAGCAGUUUGAGGAAAUGUGUCGUAAAUUUUUUGAGCAACAGAAAUAUUUGCUAGUAACAUAAACUCUUCGACAAGAGAGUUAGUUUCAAGAAGUUGUUUAAUCUCAACAUCCAUGGGAUCCGAUGUUUCGCUAUCUGUUUGAAUUCGCACUUCAGGACUCGCCAAAUUCAAAGCACCCUCAUCCAUUCUUUUUUGUUUUAUCUUCUUAGAUAGUUUUAGCAAGAUACGCAUGCUUUGAGUUAAUGGAUCUUGCAUUUUUUCAUCAUCAAUCCGAGCUUGUGCAUCCGCAUAACUGAAUGCAUCUUUAGAAGCAAUUACAGAUUUCGUAAAUGAAACGUUAACGACAUCAGCAUUUUCGUCCAUCUCCCACAGACAUGAAAAUGCAAAUCUUUCUACGUAUGGACGCAAAGAACAUAGAUCAGUACCCAGUAGCAUAGGAAGCAUAUCAAUACGUUUAUCAACUAAGUACACAGUGGUACCACGAGA